AUGCAUCUGAAUUAAAGUGUUUUAAAUAAACCGUAAUGUUUUCUAACUAAUUGCUGUUUGAUCGUCUACCAAAAUUAUUGCUUUAAUUGCAAAGACGCUACACACAGAAUUUGAAGAUACAGCAAUCAUAUCUUCUACAUAUUAAAAGUAUUUGAAAAAAUAAUUAGCAACAACAAAGGAGAGAAUAAUCUAAAUGACUCAAAAGCCAGUUUAGGAUAUAGAAAACAGACAAUUCUCAGAACAUUAGAAUUAGACCUGGAUAUUGUUACACAAUUAUUAGAGACAGAUGAAGAUAGCUGGGAAGAUAAGAAAGAUAAUUUGAUUCCUGAUAAUAAAGAAAUGAAACAUAAUGAAGAAAAAUCAGAACAAGAAAUAAAAAAUGAAUUAGAGCUUGUAAAGAAAAGAAUGGACGAACUUCAAAAACAAUUACAGAAAAAAACUUCGCAAGAAAAUGUAGAAAAAACAGUAAAUGAAUUGCCUGAAGAUAAAAGACAAAUAACAGAAUUGACCAAAGGAAAUAAAAUGAAAGAUAUUGGUAUAGAUAUUUUUAUAUCUCAGUCCAAAUCAGUUCUAGCUAAUAAAGUUACUGAUGAUAAAGCAAAAAGUGAAAUUCAUUCAGGAGAAAUUGAUUCAUCAGAUGAUGAGAUGAAUGCUUUUGGAAAUUCAUCGUUAUCAGAAUUGGGGCGGGAAAUAAAGAGAAAUUUAAAUCAGAGUUCCAGAUCAUUAAUAACGUCAAAAUUUCAAUGUAAAAGUACUUGGACAAAUAGCAUAAAAAGUAAAGAGUCUACAUGCUUAAAUGCAGAAAAAGAGACAUCUUCAAAACCAGAAUUUGAGAUUUAUUCUAAUUUACGAAUAAUAAAUCCUUUAAUUUCUUCUUCAGUGAUGAAAAGUAGAAUGGAAGGACGCAAAUUAGUUAAAAUGUCUUCUAUAAGAUUACAUAUGAGGGGUAAUGAUAUUGAAGGUGAUUGGGUAACUGUUGGUGUUAUAGUAAAAAAAGUGCCACCCAAUACUUCUAAGAAAGGAAAUGUAUACUCUAUUUGGAAAAUGAAUGACUUAAAAAAUUGUGAGAAAUUUGUAAAUUUUUUCCUUUUUGGUGAAGUACAUAAGCAGCAUUGGAAAACAACUGUUGGAACAGUGAUUGCAUUUUUAAAUGCUAAUAUUAUGACAGAUCGUAAUAAGAAUUCAGAUGAAAUUUCAUUUUCUGUGGAUCAUCCUGGAAAAGUUAUGAUGAUUGGAACAUCUAAGGAUCUUGGACAGUGUAAGAGUAAAAGAAAAGAUGGAGCCUCAUGUCAAAAUAUAAUUAACUUAAGUCAAGGAGAAUAUUGUGCAUAUCAUGUGAAACAAGAAUACAGAAAACUCAGUUUGAAAAGAACAGAACUUCAAUCAUCUUAUUCUGGAACUGAGCCCAAAUGCUUAAAGAAAACAAUAUUAAAUAAACAACCGAUAUUUUAUGGUGGUCAGUCAUUUGUUUUAAAUUCAAAAAAGGCAACUAAUAAGAAAAAUGAAAUAAAAGGACAAUUAAAAUUGGAUAAUUUCAAAUUACAAAAAAAAGCUGAAAAUCUUAUGCAUGAAGAAAGAGAAAAAUGUUUAAAAAUAGCAUCCACUCACUCAAACAGUACUGAAAAUGAAGCACUAAAGGAUAUUAUUUCACACUCAUCAUUUAUGGGAGAAAAAUUGAGCAUUCCAUCUGCUGGUUCUCGUAACUUCUUAAGACAUUUAAUUAAAGAUGAAAAUAAUAAAGUUACAAAUGUGGGUGAAAUUAAAUCUAUUACUCCAAAGGAAUUAUUAAAAAUGCACAAACGACAAUUAGAAGAAACAAAACAGCAGAUAAAAAACAAAAAUAUCUUAACGAAUUCCUUGAAUAAACCUCAACAUCCCAGUGGCUUACCAUGUCUAGGACGCAAUAUUAAUCCAGGAGGGUUCAUUACUUUAGAAUUAACACAACAGAAAACAAAAGUUCUUUCUGCAGAAAUUGCUAAACGCAAAGCUAUUAAUAUUAUUCAAGAAAAUGGUAAAAUUUCCCCGAGUAAUCCGAAUGAAGUUAAGAAGAAAAUGUCUCCGGAUGUACAAGAAAAAGUUAAAAGGCGAUUAAACCAAACUAGCACAGAUUUGAAAGAAAAUUUAAAUUCUGAAGUUAAAAGAAGUCGCCUGAACAACAUUGAUUUAAACUCCAAUAAAAUUCAAGAAAUUAUUAAUCGAAAGUCAUCGCAUGCUCACGAAGUAGAAAUGGAAGAUUUAGAAAAUCAAGAUAAAUAUUUUAAUGUUUUGGAAAAGAAAGAACAAAUGGAAGAAAAAAUGCAGUCUAUUAUGGAAAUUACUUGUGAUGUUAUAUCAUGUAAAACAUGUAUGUACACUUCAUAUCAACCUUCCGAACUCUGUAAAACAGAAAAUCACCCUUUGAAACGUCACAAAGCAAUUAAGCGUUUUUUCCGAUGUACAGACUGCAAUCAUAGAACUUUUGCUUUUACAAAAUUACCCAAAAAAUCUUGCAGAAAAUGUGGCGGUUCUAAUUUUGAGAGAACAUCUAUGAUGAAGCCUAAAGAAGGAAUAAAAUCAAGUCAUGAAAAUUUACUUAUUAGAGGAAUAGAAGAAAAAUUUUUAUAGGGAAACAUUUUCAAAAUCAAGAAAUAAAUUUUUGUAAAACAAACAUUAUUUUAAAUUAGUAAAUAUGU